CGUAAACAAUAUUUUUCUGGCGACAUUAUGUUUUACGAUUUGGCAUUUAUUAGCGUAAAAGUAGCUGAUUCGCGUUUUGCGCUCGUAUCUCUCGAAUCGGUUUGUUUUGUUGUGCCAUGCAUUGAUCCGUAGUACCUAUGAGAUAAUACUUUUAUUUUCGAAACCUUAUUAUUUUAUUUUUAUAACGAUGAGUACGGAAUAUAAUAAGUCCAUACUUUUGGAAUAUAGUACCGAUCCAGAAGUGUUUCAAGACAUGGACAAAUUUGAGUUGAAUGAGGCGAAAAAGUUCGCUCUAUCUGUCAAACUGCAAUUUCCGAAAUUUUCCAAAGGAUUUAGUGCAGCCGAUUUCAGUUCAUUCAUUCAAAAUCAUGUUGGUGGAGAUGAAAACGUUGUCGCCAUGGGUCGCCUGUCAUUCCCCAACGAAUGGCAAAUGCAAGUGAAAUGUAAAGACAUCCGAGAGAAGCUGAUUCGACUUGGGCGCACGAAGAUUAAUUCCAGAACAUGUUGGAUAUCACCUCUUAGCCAGAGUGAAGUUAGAGGAUACGUCCAUUGGAUUCCGAAUGCCAUUGCUGAGGAAUCUAUCCGUGGUAUUUUAGAGCCUUACGGUGAGGUGAUGUUCAUGGAGGUGAUGCAAUUAGAUUUGUGGACUAAAGUCGAUUGCGACUCUCGAUAUUUUGCCUUGAAUUUAAAACCCGGACAGACUAUGGACGAUAUUCCGCAUUUCUUCAAAAUCGGUAGCCAUCAUGGAUUGAUUACCAUCAGGGGUCGAGCUCCUUCUUGUUUCCAUUGCAGGACAAUCGGACAUCGCAAAUCAGAAUGUCAGAAAUACAGAGAGAAACUGAAUUCGUAUUGCAAUAGGAAGCCUGGUUCCGGUGCGAAGAGGACAAAACCACGAGGUAGACGAUAUCGCCCCAUGCCCAAUUCAGAGAAUCCUAGUGCGUCUGUUGCCUCUAAGAAAAAGAGAAAGAAAUCCAAGGCUGCCAAAGCUCAACCAGCUGUUACCAAGGAAGCCAAAGUUGAAAACUCAGCUGUAAAAGAAGAGGUAAAAACUGAAGAAAGUUCUACUGAUAUGGUUAAGGUAGCCCAAGAUUUAGUUGCAAAACUUGAAAGAUUAAAAGAUCAUGGUGAUUUGCAAGAACUGUCUACAUUGCAGAGCCAGUUGACUAACCUUCAUAGCAAAUUGAAUAAUCAGAUAGUGGAAAUUGAGAAAAAAUUACAAAAUACUGUUUUAACCGAUAAAGGUGAAGUCAAUACUCCUCAAGGAAAUGGAGAACAGCCCACUGAGGAGAAGAAAAAGAAGCGCAAGAAGAAGAAAAAGAAAAAUGUAUCAGAAGCAGCGAAUGAAACUGUACCACCAAAUAACUAAAUUGUAAAAGAGAGUUAUUUUCUAUCUUUUUUUUUUUUUUUAGUAAUGAAAGUUGAAGUUAACAGUUUUUAAAAAAUUUGGAAUUCAUGGGUACUUCUGAAUUUAUUAGUUCAAUAUUGUUUUAAUUUUUUAAUCUUAAGCUUCUCGUGAUUUUUUUCUCUUUCAGGUCUCACUAAAUUUGAUAUCUUCAAAAAAUAUUGCUAAUUAUAUUAUUUUUAAAAGAUGCAAACCUAAUUUGCAAAGGCAAACAACAAUUUUUCGAUUACGUCACAUUUCUUACAUUUUCACAUUCGAUUUCUAUUGAUGCGUGUUUUUAAAACUUGCCAUUUCUCUUUGCAAAUCAUCUAAUUGCUUAAUUUCACUAUAAUUGUGUCACAAAUAUCUGCGCUUUGAUUUAUUUUGCUAAUAUUUGCAGAUUAUAAUUAGAAUUUGGAAUAAAACUGAUAGCUGUUGCCCUUGUAAGAUGUCAAACUUUGCUAGAAUCUUAUGAAUUAGAACUUUAAUUAUGAAAAAUUAGUAAAUACUUAUUUUGUGGAAGGAUUCCUCUGGGUUUUGUACAUCACAACCAUGUACAACAUAACAAAAAAUUGUACAACACAGAAAAAACCAUGUAUAUCACAAUGUAAAGCUCAUUGCUGAUGAAAUAAAUGCAUAUAUGUACAAGUGAUGUAAAUAAAUAAAAGAAGAAAAAAUUAUCUGCAAAAUGGUACGAUAAAAGUUCUACAUUCGGCAACACUCGACUAAAAUAAGUAUUAUUCCUUAUAGUGAAAUAACUUGUUUUAAAUUUUGCAAUAAUCUGCAAAUUUAAAUAAAAGCUACUGUGAUAAUAAUUUGGAAUCCAAAAGUCUUUUUUUUUCUUCUUUUAAGUUUGGAAAAUUUAUGUAUGUGCUGAUUAAAGUUUAUUGAUAUUGAAUUAAAUGUUGUGCAAAUACGAAAAACCAUUUACUUUUAUUUAAAUGGUUUGAUAUAAUAUGUCUGCUCUCAAUAAACUAUUUCCAAUUUAUAUUUUCUUUUAAAUAAAUGUGUAGUAUAUCUUUGA